AUGCUAGGAUUAAUAGGCGAUGCCCUCAUAUUAAAAGGUACUGUCUGUGAUAGUGCUCUUUGUGAUCGACUGGCGUUAUUAACAAGUGUUGAGAACAUGCGGAAUUUGAUCACUCUCAAUAGGGGUAGAUUAAGACCCACUGGAGCGCCUUAUCAGGGAGUGGAUUCUGAGAUUAACUUUAAGCUGCUUGAUAGCUCCUUUGAUACUCUUUCGGACAGUAUAACGUGUGUAACUGGUGCUCUUGAAGUGGGAAUAGUUGAAGUCUCACAAUUUUUGAAGCACGGUGCAAAGAACGUGUUGGUGUCGCUUAAUGAUACUUUUGAUGAUGAAUUAUUGAGUUUUAUUCAUUUUGCCGAUAUCAACCAGGUGGUUCUUGUAUUUAAACAAGGUGACAUUAUAUCAGCCACCUAUGAUCCAAGUACUUAUGAUCCUAAUAACACUGUUGUAGAGAUUGUUGGGACAAUCGAUAACGGUAUCGAAGCAGCUGAAUGGUCUUUCGAUGAAGAAACUUUGGCGCUAGUGACUAGCGAUCGUAAUGUGAUUUUGUUGAGUAAAAUACUGGAACCUAUAGUGGAAGUGCCGCUAGCAAUUGAGGAUUUGAAAAAGUCUAAGCAUGUCACAGUCGGCUGGGGUAAGAAAGAAACGCAGUUCAGAGGUAAAGGUGCUAGAGCAAUGGAGAGAGAGGCAUUAGCUAGUUUAAAGGCUUCAGGACUGGUUGGUAAUCAGUUGAGGGAUCCCACUAUGCCUUAUAUGGUGGACACCGGUGAGAUCACAGCUAUGGAUAAUCGUGAGGUAUACAUAUCAUGGAGGGGAGACUGCGAAUACUUUGCUCUUUCCACGAUCGAAACGGUGGAAGAUGCUGAUGACACAGAGGCCAAGGUCGAAAGAAGAGUCAUAAGAGUAUACACGCGUGAUGGUCAACUGGAUAGUGCGUCUGAGCCAGUCGAUGGCAUGGAACAUGGUCUAAGUUGGAAACCACAGGGAUCCUUGAUUGCAUCCAUAAAGCGCACAGCUCAAAUGGAUGACGAAAAGGCUUUAGAACUCAUUUUCUUCGAAAGAAAUGGGCUAAGACAUGGUGAAUUUGAUACCAGACUUCCGUUAGACGAGAAGGUAAGACAUUUAACAUGGAAUUGCAGCUCGGAAGUACUCACUAUUGUUUUAGAAGAUAAAAUACAAUUAUGGAUUACAAAGAACUAUCAUUGGUAUUUGAAGCAAGAAAUAUAUGCCAAGAACGUAAGAUAUGUCAAGUGGCAUAUGGAAAAGGAUUUUACACUGAUGUACGGCGACGAGGAGAACGUCAAUAUUGUUGAUCUAGCUUACAAAAUGACCCAAGGUCCAACUCUCGAACCGCAUGAUAACGGUAUGUCGCUAGUUGUCGAUGGAAACUCGGUCUGCAUCACUCCUUUGGCAAUGGCAAACGUACCCCCUCCAAUGUACUACAGAGAUUUUGAAACACCUGGUAAUGUGAUUGAUGUUGCUGUUAGCUUUUCAAAUGAAAUCUUCGCGGCGUUGAAUCGUGAUGCUCUGAUUUUAGCCUCCGUACCUAGUCUCAUGGAUAUGAAAAAGGGACAACAUCCGACUGUUGCUUGUGUAUUCAAGAUUUCGGAGUUUGCCAGCGAAUUGGACUCACCGCGUCAAGUUGCCUUCAUCAAUGACAGUACGGUAGGUGUUCUCUUGGACUCUGAUAACUUAUCUCGCAUAGCAUUGAUCAACGUUGAGGACGUUACUCAGCCAGCUGUUACCACCGUCGUUGAUACCUACGAUAAGGUUGUUUUAUUGAGAAGCAGUUUCGAUUAUAACCAGUUGGUUUAUGAAAGCCGCGAUGGAACAAUUAUGAAGCUUGACCUGGACGGCCAAGCCGAGCAGGUUGCCAAAUUUCCGCAACUGGUACGAGACUUCAGAGUUAAGAGAGUCCACAACUUGAUCAAGCAUGAGGCAGAUCAAUGGGAGUCGGAAAGUUCCGAGAUGGUCGCAUUUGGUGUCACGAGUAGUGGUAAGUUGUACGCUAAUAACACUUUAUUAGCAUCUGCCGUGACUUCAAUUGAGAUAACGGACUCUUUCUUGCUGUUUACGACUGCUCAGCAUAAUCUGCAAUUCGUGCAUUUGAAUAAUUUGGAUUUCAAGCCUAUACCUCUUGUAGAAGAAGGCGUUGUUGACGAAAGAGUUCGCGCAAUUGAGAGAGGCUCUAUACUGGUUUCAGUCAUGCCUUCCAGUUCUGCUGUUGUCCUACAGGCCAGCCGUGGUAACUUAGAGACGAUUCAUCCUAGAAUAAUGGUCCUGUCUCGCGUCCGUAAGGAUAUUAUGGCUAAACGCUACAGAGAGGCAUUUGUAUGUUGCCGUACGCACAGAAUCAAUCUAGACAUUUUACAUGACUACGCACCCGACCUCUUUUUCGAAAACUUAGAAAGCUUCAUCAAUCAAGUGGAAAGAGUUGACUAUCUAAACUUCUUCAUUUCGUGUCUAUGUGAAGAUGAUGUGACCAAAACAAAAUACAAAGAAACUCUCGAUAUAGGAAUGUCAGAUCCGUUUGAGCUGGAGCCUGCUCCAUUAACAGAGAUGCAAGAAUACAUGAAGAAAAAGAUGUUCGAACCCUCAAAGUCUAAGGUCAACAAAAUCUGUCAAGCUGUUUUGGACGUGCUUCUAAGCAAACCAUCUUACCGCCAAAAAUAUAUUCAAACUAUCAUUACCGCAUACGCAUCUCAGACUCCUCAGAACCUGGAAGAUGCUCUAAGUCUCAUUAGUUCAUUGGCCAGUGAUGAGGAGAAAGAGUCAUGCAUAACAUACUUGUGCUUCCUACAGGACCCUAACGUGGUGUACAAGGUUGCGCUAUCUCUUUAUGAUGUGAAACUAGCUGUAUCCGUUGCGCAAAAAUCUCAAAUGGAUCCACGAGAAUACUUACCGUUUCUGCAAAGUCUCUAUGAUAAUGAACCCCUGCGUCGCCAGUUUCUGAUUGAUGACUACCUGAAAAACUAUACCAAAGCUUUAGACCAUUUAGCAAAAAUCGGUGAAACCGCAGAAGAUCUUUCUACAGAGGCAAUGGAGUACCUCAAAAUCCAUGGACUGUAUGAACACGGAUUGUUGUUGUACCGCUAUGACACGAAGAAACAGAACACGGUUUAUUAUUUGUUUGCCAAGGAUCUUUCGUCUAAGCAAGAAUACCAGGAUGCUGCUGUUAUAUAUGAAAUGCUGGAGAAACAAAGGGAAGCAAUGCAAGCAUAUACGGCAGCUAAGAAAUGGCGUGAAGCUUUGGCAAUAGCCUCAUCCCACUUCCCUGAAGAGGUUAAUGAGCUUGCUGAAGAGCUGAUUUCAUCACUAACAUUCGAGCACAGAUAUUCCGACACGGCAGUUAUUCAUCUCGAAUUUAUGAACGAUUUAGAAGCAGCUAUGAAGGAUUACUGUCUGGCAUACCAAUAUGAUAUGGCAUGUUUAGUGGCAGCUAAGAGAAGUAAGAAUGGAUUGAUCGCCAAGAUUGUCGAUCCUGGUUUAGGCGAAGGUUUCGGUGUUGUCGCAGAGCUUCUAGCGGAUUGUGAGAGUCAAGUAAACUCACAGCUCAGAAGAUUAAGGGAACUACGUGCGAAGAAGGAGGAGGAUCCAUAUGGGUUCUAUGGACAAGAACCGGCCCAAGAGGAUGACGUUUCCAUAGCUCCUUCAGAAACUUCCACUCAAGAAUCAUUUUUCACCAAGUAUACAGGUAAGACGGGCGGUACUGCCAAGACUGGAGCAUCUCGUCGUACUGCAAAGAACAAGCGUCGUGAAGAACGUAAACGUGCUCGUGGAAAGAAGGGAACGAUCUACGAAGAAGAAUAUCUGGUCCAAUCAAUUGGCAGACUGAUAGAACGAUUGGACCAAACGAGACCUGACGCCGUGAAAUUGAUUAGUGGUCUCUGUAGACGUGCCAUGAAAGAACAAGCCUACAAAAUUCAAAAGAGUUUCGUCGACCUUACACAAAUGCUACGGACGCACAUUACGGAGAUAUACAACAUUAGUGAAAAGGAUCGCGAGAGAGUUGACGAAAAUGGCGAGUUAUAUUACAUUCCAGAGAUUCCAGUCCCUGAAAUCAAAGAUUUUCCCAAGAGUAAAGUUGUUGAUUUUUAA